GUCGAGAGUGAUCUGGUCCACAUCUCGGGCCCGUCUUCGAUUCAGGUGGAUGGCCGUGGCACUGGAGAGUACGAGUUGGUCUUCCAGCCGCUGCAGGCGGGCCAGGUCACAGGCUGCAUCAUGUUCCGGGACACUCACACCGGGCACUUCACGUGGUACACUGUCGAGCUCAUGACGCUGCCUCCGAAGCCGCAGCAACAGCUUACUUUGACAUGUGUGGUUCGACAGGCAGUGGCUGUUGACAUCCAGCUGGUGAAUCCUCUUGAUGAUGUUGUGGUCUUCGAGGUGGCCCUGAACGGCGAUGGCCUCCUUGGCGAGGUGCACUGUUGA